CGAGCGGAGGGGGAGGAUAAAAUGACAAGGGGAAUAGGGAGUAAAGGGAAGAGGAAACCGCGCCGGAUCGCAAACAGCAGGUUUCACGUCAUCAUACGUCAAAAUGGCUGAACUCGUCGCGAUACCGUUGAAGAAACCCUCUGACGUCGAUAUAAUAAAACCGCUCACUAAUGUCAUCAAGUCGACGUACAACAGUCCGGGGAAUCAGAAGGAUUACACGGACGCGAUCGCGGAAUUCAGCAAGUUGCGGAAUAACGCUCUGUGGCGAGCCUUCGAGAAAUACGAAACCUCUUUGCAGGUUAUUUACAGCUAUUACGAUCAGUUGUGUGCUCUGGAAGGAAAGAUCCCUGCCCACGAAUUGCAAAUACCAUUCAAGUGGAAAGAUGCCUUCGAUCGUACAAUUUUUGGAGGAAAGCUCAGUUUAACGAUCAGCACGUUAGCAUACGAGAAAGUAUGCGUGCUCUUCAACAUCGCCGCCUUACAAAGCUCAGUUGCCGCCACGCAAUCGUUGGACAGCGAUGAAGGACUCAAGCUGGCAGCUAAAUUAUUUCAGCAAUCAGCUGGAAUAUUCAAUUACUUGAAAGGAAACGUUAUGAUGGCGAUCCAACAGGAGCCCACGCCCGACAUCAGUCCAGAAACGCUCGGGGCAUUGAGUGCAUUAAUGCUCGCGCAGGCACAAGAGAUAUUUGUGCAUAAAGCCAUCCACGAUACCAUGAAAGAUGGUAUCGUUGCCAAGCUAGCGGCACAGGCCGAAGAAUUGUACGCAGAUGCUUUAAAACUGUUUCAGAAGGAAAUCUUCCGCGCAUUUUGGGAUAAGGAAUGGGUGCCCCUGAUAGCAGGCAAACAAGCUGGUUAUCGUGCCAUGUCGGAAUAUUAUCAGUCGCUCGUAUGCAAGAAUAAUAAAUCGAUUGGCGAGGAGAUUGCUAGACUAGAUCACGCUGUGGAGCUGUUCAAGGCCGCUCAGCAGAGAUCGAACAAGUCGAGUCUGUUUCAAGAUUACGCCAACAAGGCGCAGAGAAACUUGACGGAGGUGAAAAAGGAUAACGAUUUUAUAUAUCACGAGAGGAUUCCAGAUGUAAAGAGUUUAGAAGCUAUAGGGAAAGCUAGUGUCGCGAAACUAAUUCCGCUUCCUGAAACAUUCAGCGCUGAUUUCAAAGAUUUAUUCGCCGAGUUGUUGCCCGUCGCGAUACACCAUGCACUGUCAACGUACGAGACUCGUCGUAACGAGCUUGUCAAUUACGAAGUGUCCAAUCUUCGUGAAAUGACUCAACUUUUGAACAGCGUCCUGGCAAGUUUAAAUUUGCCAGCAGCUAUAGAAGAUACCAGUGGAACGGAAAUACCUCAAUCGCUAUUGGAUAAAGCGUGUUACGUACGAGAUGCAGGCGGUAUGAGAGGUUUGGAAGCGUCUACGAAAGAACUGCCGGAUUUGCUGCAACGUAACAAGGAGCUUUUGGACGAGUGUGACAGGAUGUUGCAAGAAGAACGUGACGCUGACAAUCAGUUGAGAGAACAAUUCAAAGAACGCUGGAAGCGAACACCCAGUGCUCGCUUGACGGAACAAUUUGUUAGCAAUUUACAAAAGUAUCGUGAGAUUAUUAACAACGCAGUUGUUGCUGACAAGGCAGUUCGCGAAAAGUUUGAAAUCAACAGAGAAGGGAUGGAAAUUUUAAGUUUGGAUGAGGCUGGACUUACAACGGCUGUUCCGCAAGGUUCGGCCGUUCAAGAAAGUAACGUUGUUUUGCAGCUGAGGAAAUUAAUGGAGGAUGUAGAAACAUUAAAAGCCGAACGCGAUACUAUCGAGAGCGAAUUUAAAUCUGCUGUCAAUGACAUAAAGACGACAUUCCUUUCGGCACUGGCGAAAGACGGCGCGAUCGACGAGCCAAAUCUCUCUGUCGAGAAUCUGGGCAAGUGUUACGGACCUUUACAAAAACAAGUACGAGAGAGCAUAGCGCGCCAGGAAAAAUUGGUUGCUGAGAUUCAGAGUUUACACGCAGAAUUUACAAACGAACAAGCUGGUACCGGUAGCGCGCGAGAAGCGAUGCUUUGCAAGCUCGCCUCUGCCUAUGACGCAUUUAAAGAGCUAAAGAGCAACUUGACAGAAGGAGCAAAGUUUUACAAUGAUUUAACGCAGCUACUAGUGGUCUUCCAGAACAAGAUAUCCGACUUUUGUUUCGCCCGAAAAACUGAAAAGGAGGAGCUGUUAAAAGAUUUAACGACGAACUUGAGCUACACUGGUCCCGCCGCGACGCCGAGUAUUCCAUCUCAUCACAGUGGGCCAUCCGGCAUAAACCAAGCAGCAGAUACUGCCGCGUCAUCACCACAGUUACCUUAUCCCAUGCAGCCACAAGGUAGUAUGCCCAUGCCUUACGGCGUUCCACCAGCAACACCGUACCCGGCAUACGUUCCUCCACCAAUGCCGACAGCAUACAAUCCGUACGCUACGAUGCCGUAUCCGCAAGGAGGAUACAAUCCGUACCAAGGCAUGCCUCAAGCUCCGUACGGAGGCUAUGCGACAUUGCCGCGUUAUGGUGGUGCUCAAGGUGGUCCGCAUGGUCAAAAUCCAUGGUGAACUGUCACAGGCAAGCGACAUUAGCAUGUACUGUGAUUUUAUGCGUAAUGUUGAUUCAAGAAAUAUUUUAUACACAAAUUUUAGAAGAUCAGUAAAAAAAGUUAGCCUCUUGUCUUGCGAUCUCCCUUGUGACAGACUCAGAAAAGCAAUUGUCACAGAAACUUUCCUUCUCCAAGACACUAGAGUAAGAGCUUUAACAAAUAAGGGAAGGUAUAAAAUGGAAACUAUGAGAAACGGGCGUGUACGAAGUUCCAAUAACCGUUGCACGGAUUGGGUAAUUAGAAUAGUCAAGUAGUUGGUUUGCGCCGCGAAUGUGACUCGUAACACGAUAUUACGUUAAGGCAAGGGGUUAACGAAAACAUUCAGAAACAAUGUAUAAUCCAAGAGAUUUAAGUUUGCUAACUGUUACACGUUUCAGCACUGAGUCAUUUAUCUAGUACUGAUUGAUCGUUGGUAUUUGUUAAGCUUUAAUCAAUACUGCUUUAUCAACUUGCGUAGAAGCGCUGAUUAUCAAUUUAUAAAUAUAUUUUGUAAAAUAAAUCAAG